ACGAAACUCUUUAUCUCGUGUUUUUGAAGAUGGUUCCAAUUACGUUCUUCCUGAUGCUAGGUGCCUUCUCAACUACCAGCGCAUCAGAUCCGAUUAGUCCAUCAGUCUAUCAAGGCCUUGUAGGACAGGGAUUUUCUACCAACUGGUUCAAGACAGAAUCACCGUUGUCCAAGUACAAUGACCAGAACAUCCAAGACAUCUAUGAUAAAGGAUUUCGAAACCUCAGGCUUCGAUGCCGGGCAGACCUGUACGCCGCCCCAUACGACACUCCCAAAUUUACUUCGUUUCUGAAAGAUUUGUCGAGAGUWGUCGAUAAAUGUCUCGAGGUUGGCGUGGCUCCGAUCAUCUCCUGGAUCCACCAUCACGCUGAGGCGUAUGCAAGUGAAGAAGAUCGACAGAACUACGUAACAUGGUGGACAAAGGUGGCCAAAAAGCUGAAACACAAGGACUACAGACUCAGCUUUAAUUUGUUUACCGAGCUGGGAAUAGAUGAAUGUGGUACAAAGGAAAAUUGUGGUGAAAGUCUUCGCAUGAGGACUGACAAAUACAACAAUCAAUGGACAUCCGAUGUUGUUGCAGCUAUUCGUGCCACGGGUGGAAACAACGCAAAGCGUAUCUUGAUUCUUGGAUCACCAGGAAAGACAGCCAAAGAUCUUGACAAGAUCAAACAAACUAUUUAUAAGAAGGAUUCCUACAUGAUGGCCGAGUGGCAUUUAUACGCCUCAGGACCUAACAAGAGAGUUGGCAGGCCAAAAUACUGGAGUGGAGAUGGUGAACCCGUUGGUAAAGAAAAUGUUGCCAAAGCCAUCAAACCAGCAAUGGACUUCACCACCAACACUGGUGUCCUGACGUACCUUGGAGCAUGGAUGCCACAAGACAAUGACGGUGGCAGUUUGACCGAAGCUGAAGUGAUCAACUUUGGUCGGUAUUUUGCCAGUGAGAUGAAAAAGAAAAACAUCCCUUGGUCUCUAAACGUACUCGACCGGUAUUACGACACUAAGAAUAGUCAAUGGUUGACAGGCAUACAGGAUAUCAAAGGACAACCACUGGACAUGUCACGGGUGUUGAAAAAAAUCAUAAAAGUGAUGUAAUCGCCUGGAAAAAUUGCACACGAUUGAAGAUUUAGUGAUUUAGCCAAAUUAGUUUUGAAAAAUUGACCAACAUCAUGUCAUCUGUAAAGUCAUAACUGGGCUUAUUGGUUUGGUAUAGCGGUAGGGAAGUGUAAAUGUGUGUUAACCUGAGUAUUAUGUCUGCGGGGGUGCCUGGGGACGGGGUUGAGGGGUCUUGUGUAGACAAAACAAAAAAGUACAGAUAAAGAUAUUUGGAAAACAAUAGUGAGAGAAUCUUGAAUAAUCAUGCGAGCCUGUGGGUUGAUUUUCAAUUCAUUAUGGUAAAUAAAUUCGACACAUGUAGAUAUAGAAGGGGAAAUUCUGCAAGUGAAAAUAAAAAGUAACCUCACUGAAAGAGGUGGCUGCGAUGUA